CCUCGUUCCCCAUUCUCUCGGAAGUCGCGCUCCCAAACCCUAGCUCCCCACCGCAGCGGCCAACGCCUCUCGACCCCCGCCCCCUCCCUCCCGGUUCGCCGCCCGCUUCCUUCUCCCGCAUCAGCGACCCCUCUCCCCUGCCCGGCCGCUCGCUGAAUCAUCCGCGCGUUUGAUCUGCAGGUGCGCGCUUGUUGCUGCAGACGAGAAGCGGCUGAGGCGAAGAAGAGGAAUCGACCAUGGCGACCCGUAUCCAGUUUGAGAACAACUGUGAAGUUGGUGUUUUCUCCAAGCUCACAAAUGCCUACUGUCUGGUUGCAAUUGGAGGAUCAGAGAAUUUCUACAGUACAUUUGAGUCUGAGCUUGCAGAUGUCAUUCCUGUGGUCAAGACCUCUAUCGGUGGCACUAGAAUAAUUGGUCGCCUCUGCGUUGGAAACAAGAAUGGACUUCUCCUGCCACACACAACCACUGAUCAAGAGCUUCAGCAUCUGAGGAACUGCAUACCUGAUCAAGUGGUUGUUCAGCGCAUCGAUGAGAGGCUGUCCGCCCUUGGCAAUUGCAUAUCCUGCAAUGACCAUGUUGCGCUCACACACCCUGACCUUGACAAGGCAACUGAGGAGCUUAUUGCAGAUGUGCUUGGGGUUGAGGUGUUCCGUCAGACAAUUGCAGGAAAUAUCCUUGUUGGCAGCUACUGUGCAUUCUCUAACAGGGGUGGACUGGUCCAUCCUCACACAUCCAUUGAAGAUCUUGAUGAGCUGUCCACACUCCUCCAAGUCCCUCUUGUAGCUGGAACCGUGAACCGUGGUAGCGAGGUCAUUGCUGCGGGCAUGACGGUGAACGACUGGACCGCCUUCUGUGGGUCAGACACAACCGCUACUGAGCUGUCCGUCAUCGAGAGCGUCUUCAAGUUGAGAGAAGGCCAGCCCACGGCGAUCGUCGAUGACAUGAGGAAGUCGCUGAUUGACAGCUAUGUCUAAAUGAUCAAAGGGCAUGCGGUGCGGUGUGGUUCUUGAGCUGUACUCUUGGUUGACAGUAGCAAAAAACCGUGCCUGUCUAAGCUGUUACUUCUGUCUGGUCUUCUGAAUCUGGAACUACAAACUUAUAUGCUUUGUACUCGUAUAAAGCUUAUGGUAUCGGAAGACGUGCUCUUGCGCUUUUGUGA